UGUCAGUGCAAAUUUGGGGAAAAUGAGCAAGCAUGUAGCAGAAGUAUCACAAUUAGUGACUUCUUGGACAGUCGAAACAACUGCCAUGAACUUUCCUCCACGGAGCUUGAUUUCGUCAUUUUGAGAGCGAUUCAAAGUUCGCUAAAUUGCAGUGAUGUGGGCGCCUCAGGAAGAACAGAGAAGAACCGCAAACUAUCGCGAAUGUCCUUUUUCUUUCACGGUAAGAGAAUUUGCAGAAAGACAUUUUUGUUUUGACAUUGCAUCAGCAAGAACAAAUUUUGUAGCCUCGUAAAACAUUACCGGGACAACGGUUUGUCGCUCCGCGUACAUGGCAACAAAAAGCGACUUCCGAGUUGGACUGUUCCUUCAGAAACUGUCGAAAAAGUUGUGAAAUAUAUACUGAACAUUGCCGAAGAGCAAGCUCUUCUUCUUCCCGGGCGUGUUCCUGGAUUUCAGAGAACCGACGUACGUUUGCUACCGUCCGUCCCCACAAAACAUCGUCUUUGGAAGACGUACUGUGAAAUUUGCGCAAGCCAUGGAGAGCAAAGGGAUGGAUAUUCAAAAUUUUGUGAUCUCUGGAACCAACUUUGUCCAUUUGUUUUAAUUAUGCGUCCGGCGACAGACUUAUGUUGGACUUGUCAAAAAAACAACAAUUUAAUUCAGAAAUCAGCAAAUUUGCCGGAAAAUCAGAAAGUCGAGGCCGUAAGGAAUCAGGAGGAACAUCUUCGUCUCGGAGAAAGAGAUUUUUACAAGAAAUGUUGCCAGGAAUCAAAGGAAAGUGUUGGGCGAAAUCUUCAGGAGAUUGAUUUUACUAUGGGACGCGAACCUUGUUCUUAUCAAGGCACGGUUCAUUAUUCGUACGAUUAUGCGCAACAGCUACACUACCCAUCGGAUCCGCUUCAACCAGGGCCAAUUUAUUUUAAAACCCCCAGGAAAUGUGCAAUCUUUGGAGUCUGUUGUGAAGCGAUACCACGGCAGCUGAAUUUUCUUAUUGAUGAGAACGUGUUAACUGGAAAGGGAGCAAACAGCACCAUUUCGUACGUU